AUGGCAAACAGCAAAGAUGACAUAAUGUAUGGGACUUCACAAGCGAGGCUGAACGAGGAUGAAGCUGUGAGGGUUGCAUACAAGCAUGGGACGCCUCUUGAAGGAGGCAAAAUUGCUGAUUCUGAGCCUGUGGAUUUAUUUUCCAGUGCUCAUAAUAUUCCAAAGGCUCAAGCUCAGGCUCAUCAUGAUGUUCAUGAUGAAGAUUCUAAUCAGAACCAGUCCCAGAUAAAACAAGAUGAUCUUACUAGAAGAGAAGGUGGUCCAGAAUCUGCUGCUAGUAGUACUAAAUAG